AAGUCCUGUUGCUGCCAUUUUACAGCUGGGGAAACUGAGGCCCCGGGAAGGGGAGGCUCUUGCUUAUGUUUUAGAGCAAGGCGUGGCAGACCCAGGCUAACGGUGUCCUGCUGCGCGUCACUCCCUCUGUGGCUCAGAUCGACCAGCCCAUGGGCGGGCGGGGCCCCCUCAGUUAAUCACCUCGCUAAUCCUCCUCCCCGCCCGACCCCAACCCCCUGGGGUCUGGCAAGGCCAGGCCAGCAGCAGACAGCGCUAGGCCCACGGGGGCUGUUGGAGGGGCUGCCGGGAGCAGUGAGCACCGGGCAGCCAGGUGGGGGCAAGGAGGAGCCAUGUUCCUGAGCCCAGGUGAGGGGCCGGCGGCUGAGGGUGGGGGCCCAGGGCCCGGAGAGGAGGCCCCCAAGAAGAAGCACCGGAGGAACCGCACAACCUUUACCACGUACCAGCUGCACCAGCUGGAGCGGGCGUUCGAGGCCUCCCACUACCCGGAUGUUUACAGCCGUGAGGAGCUGGCAGCCAAGGUGCACCUGCCCGAGGUGCGCGUGCAGGUGUGGUUCCAGAACCGCCGGGCCAAGUGGCGCCGCCAGGAGCGUCUGGAGUCAGGCUCCGGGGCCGUGGCAGCCCCAAGACUCCCCGAGGCCCCAGCACUGCCCUUUGCCCGCCCUCCCACCAUGCCACUGUCCCUGGAGCCCUGGCUGGGCCCAGGGCCCCCAGCUGUGCCAGGCCUCCCGCGCCUCCUGGGCUCGGGCCCAGGGUUGCAGGGCUCCUUUGGGCCCCACGCCUUCAGUCCAGCCUUCAUGGACGGCUUCACCCUGGAGGAGGGUUCCCUGCGGCUGCUGGCCAAGGAGCACGUGCAGGCUCUGGACAGGGCCUGGCCGUCGGCCUGA